AUGGAAAGUGAAGUAGGCAUACCUUCAGGUGAGGAUGAAGCACUGGAGAAGGAUGAUAUGAAUGCCAAGGAAGGAUUUGAUCCACCACACAAAAAAAACAAGAAACACAGGAAACACAAGAGCAAGAAAAAGAAGAGGAGGAAGAAAGGCGAGAAGGAAAGCAGUUCAGAAUCAGGUGCCGAGUCAGAUGGGGAACCCCCACCCCCACCAAGACCUGUCAGGACCACUAGAGCCAGUGCCAGACUAGCAGCAGCUGCUGUUGGAGCUGGAGAACAAGCUGAGCUAAAAGAUGAUGGCAAAAAGGAUGUAAUUACAGAUCGUGCAGAUAUGGAGGUAGAGACAAAAUCCAAAAAACAUAAAAAACAAACGGGUAAAAAGAAGAAAAAAAAGAGAAAGAAAGAAGAAAGGCAGGAAAAGAAAUCUCCUUCUCGCUCUCCAUCUGAAAGCAGCUCAGCUUCAGGUUCUGAGUCUGAGGGUGAAGGAAGUAAAGUGGCUGGUGAUGGUAAAUGUUCUCCAGCUGUUGCAUCCGACCUUCAAGAGCCAGUAUCCAAACUUGUUGUAAAAGGCCAACAAGUAGAAGAUAAAGAAACUCCAGUCGUCACAGAGAAACCUGAAUUGCUUGGAGUAAAAGAAGAAGUAAAAGAAGAGACAACAGAAGAUAUGACCUCUACCGAAGGGAAGGAUGGUAGCACCAAUGAACCACAAAUUGACAUGAAACAUCCUGCUGGCGAGGAUGAAAUGAGACAGACAGAAAUAGUACAAGUCAAGACAGAAGGCAGUAAUGGAAAUGGCAUGAUCAGCCCUGCCCCGGAAUUGCCAGAUAUCAUCCCAAAACAGGAAGGUACCAACCCAAGAGAAGACCCAAGUCUGAAAGAUCAUGCCAAUUCAGUUCAAGGGGAAAAGGUAGAGGAGUGUGAUUCAUCGAGAUCGCCGCCAUCCCAUCCUCAUGGCUUAGAAGUGAAUAAGUCGGAAUCAGGUACUAACCGGUCACUAUCACCUUGUCUCAGUAAGCAGCCAUCUGCUGCUCAAGCAACAGAAUUUGUGAGAGAACGGUCUAGAACCCGUUCCAGGUCACCCUCAAAGGAGAAACUAUGUUCAACCACGCUAAAGCUUCGACAACAAUCCCGGUCUAAAUCACGCUCCCUCUCACCAAAAUCCAAGAGAAAAUCAAUCUCCUCCUCCCAUAAAUCUCCUAAGAAAACACGCCACCGGUCCCGAUCCACCUCUCCCUCUGUUACACCCAAGAAGAAAGUGUCAAAGUCUCCAAGGAAGUCAAAGUCUCCCAAGCGGGGGCGGAGUUCCAUGUCUGUUUCCCCAAAGAGACGCCGGAGUUCUCGCUCUCCCAAAAGACGGGCGUCGCGAUCUCCAAAACGCAGUGGCCGCAGGUCCCCGUCUUUGUCAAGAUCUCCCAGGCGACGAAGAACGUCAGGGUCACGUUCCCGAGCAGGCACUAGGCGUUCCAGGACCCGCUCACCUCGAAGAAGUGGAGCAGUUAGCAGACGAUCCCUGUCACGCUCUGUGACCAGGCCGCGGCGGUCCGCCUCUAGAUCUAGACGCCCUGUUGGUCGCUCCAGGUCACGCUCGCCUGCUAGGCGUGCAGGAGGCAGGCGCUCGAGGAGUCGAUCCUUAUCUAGACGACGAAGGUCACCACUUCCCAGAUCCCGGCGAUCACGAUCCCGUUCAGGCCGCAGGAGCAGGCGCACUCGAUCACGCUCCGUUGUUGUGCUCAAGCGCAACCGCCGCUCCAGGUCCAGGAGCCACCGUAAACGUACUAAAUCCAGAACCCCUCCCGCCCGAAGGCGGUCCAAGUCUCGGUCACCAGUGAGAAAGCGUUCUCGUUCUCCAGCAAGAAGAAAUCGUUCUCCACCAAGAUCAGCCAAACGGUCCAAGUCUCGCUCACUGUCACGAAGACGCCGGUCACCACCACCAGUGAAGAAGAGGUCCAAAUCACCCAGGAAGACCAGAAGGUCAAAGUCUAAAUCGGUUUCUGGAGAGGUGAACAGGUCCAGGUCCAGGUCUCAAUCAAGUGAUGGCAGCUCAUCCUCUGCCAAGUCCGUUUCCUGCACCGUAGUUAAAGACAAGAAGUCUCCUCCUCGUCCGGCUCCUGCUGAUAAAGAUACAGAGAAAGCAGCUCCUGUUCCCACUCCUGCUGAUACAGAUACAGAAAAAGCAGCUCCUUCUCCCAGUCCCGCUCCUGCGGAUACAGAUACAGAGAAAUCAGCUCCUGCUCCCUCUGGUACAGAUACAGAGAAAGUAGAUCCUGCUCCCGUUCCUUCUUCCGCUGAUACAGAUACAGAGAAAGUAGAUCCUGCUCCCGUUCCUGCUCCUGCUCCCAUUCCUGCUCCCGCUGAUACAGAGAAAGUAGAUCCUGCUCCCGUUCCUGCUCCUGCUCCCGUUCCUACUCCCGCUGAUACAGAUACAGAGAAAGUACAUCCCGCUCCCGUUCCUGCUCCUGCUUCCGUUCUUGCUGAUACACAUACAGAGAAAUCAGCUCCAGCUCCUGCUCCCUCUCCUGCUCUUGCUCCUGGUUUUGCUCCUACUUUUGCUCCUACUUUUGCACCUGCUUUUGCUCCUACUUUUGCUCCUACUUUUGCUCCUACUUUUGCUCCUGCUCUUGGUCAUGCUCUUGCUCCUGCUGAUACAGACACAGAGAAAGCAGCUCCUGCCCAUAAGGAUACAGAGAAAGAAGUUGAAAUGAAAGCAGCUGAAGAGAAUGGAGAUGGAACUACUACAGAACAAUUGCAGGAACAGCCUGUUACCCAGACAAGCCGAUCCAGAUCCGCUUCCCCAGAUCAAGGCACGGGCACAGGCUUAGGUGGUUCUGAAUGCUCACAAGGGUCCGAUGAAGAGUCUCCAGUCAAAGAGUCGGAAAGCCAGAAAAGCUCCUCAGGUUCUGCAUCUCCAGAGCUGCCGAAGAAGCAGACGUCCAAGUCACACUCGCCUGCAGAUCCCGUGAAACCCUCUCAUUCAACGUCCAAAUCUACAUCCAGAAAGAAGUUGUCCAGGUCCAAGUCUCCAGUAAAGAAAAGAGAAUCUGUCUCUCCAUCAGAAAGGAAAAAAAGGCGAUCCAAGUCCCGGAGUCCUGCCCGACGGCGGAAGUCACGAUCACGCUCUACCGCACGCCGUAAGCGUUCUCGGUCCAAGUCACGGACCAGAAACCGGCGGUCCAAGUCCCGCUCUCCAGCCCGCAAGAGACGAUCUCGUUCACCGAAUGCCCGAGGGAGGAGGAGGUCCAAGUCUACCGACAGGAGCAAGCGAUCCAAGAGCCGCUCCACAGGUCGCAGGAAAAGAUCCCGGUCAGGGGACCGGGGCAGGCGAUCGCGGUCUCGUUCCUCCGAUCGUAGACGCAGAUCCAGGUCGAGAGGUCGAGGCAGGCGGCCGGUAUUUCGCAGUCGGUCCUUUGACAGAAGGGACAGAUGGAAGAGGGAACCUAGCCACUCCCCUGUUCUUAUUUUGCGUAAGCAGCGCCGUUCAGGGUCCCGAACACGACGCAGCACAAGCAAGACUCCUCCACGGCUCACCGACCUGGACAAAGACCAGUUACUUGAGAUAGCAAAAGCCAAUGCUGCUGCCAUGUGUGCUAAAGCGGGGGUUCCCAUUCCAGAGAAUCUUCGGCCAAAAGCCAUUCUCCAGCUCCCUCUGCCCACUCCCUCUCCUUCCCCCAUUUCCUUACCUUUACCGUUGCCCCUUCCAAUGGGCAUGGGGAUGGGGAAUAUGUCCAACAUGGGUCCAAUGGGGCUAUCCAGUAUUCCAGGAAUGCCCCCUAUGUCGAAUAUGACCAUGAGUGCGGCUGUGGCAAGUAUGACAGCUGCAACCAUGACGGCUGCCUUGACCAACAUGGGUGCCCUGGCGGCCAUGCCCCCCCUCGCCCCACUCCCCACAAUUACUAAUAAGCCUCCCCCGUGCCUUGCCCCUCCAACACCAUCCCUUAACCUGGACCACAUCGAGGAAGCAAAGAGGAAGGUCACCCAGCAGGCCAAUAUACACACCAUCAAGGAGCUUACUGAGAAGUGUAAGAUGAUUGCAAAUAGCAAGGAGGAGAUGGCUAUCGCUAAACCACAUGUUUCAGAUGAUGAGAGCUAA